UAUCAAAACCUUUUAAUAUUGUAUAUUAUACUUAAAAUAAAUAGAAAAACAUUAUUUUAUGUUAUGUUGAUAUUUAUAUAAAUGUUGAAGUACAUCUCAUUUUUGUUAUUUAGCAAUGAAGUAUCAAAGUGUGAGGUUCUACUGUAUAUUAGUACAUAUUUUUAAAGUGCUCUUGGCAGAAGAAAAUGCAACAUCAUUAGCACGAAUAAGUGCUUCAACACCUUCAAAUAUAUUAGCAAUUGAAGAAAUAUCAAUUAGUAAUUUAGCAAUUGGAUCUACAAGUGUUUCAUUUAUGAUAUUGAUGUUUUAUUAUCUGAAAAAACAAAAGCAUGAGAACUAUAAUAUAACAAAGUUUGCAAAGUUAUAUGAGAUAAUACAAAAAUCAAAUAGUGACACAGACUUUAGUACAUCAGUUUAA